CCCCGGCAGCCGCCGCCCGCCGCUCAGUGUCACCUCAAGCACCACAGGGCGCGGCCGCCUCCUUUUCCGCCGCCGCCGCCGCCGCCUUCGCUUCAGCUAUCAACCCGCCCCGCCGCUGCAGCCGCAGUGGUAGCGCCCGACUCCAGCUGACCGGCCUGGAAUCCCGGCUUCGAGCCCCGGCCUGGACCCUCCGCCUGGAGCUGCCCCUUCCUUCUUCCCUCGGCCCCGGCCCUGAGAUCCGCCGCCGCUGCUGCUGCUGCGGCCGCCAACGCCGCCGCCAUGGGAGACGCCGGCAGCGAGCGCAGCAAAGCCCCCAGCUUGCCGCCCCGCUGCCCCUGCGGCUUCUGGGGGUCCAGCAAGACUAUGAAUCUCUGUUCCAAAUGCUUUGCUGAAAAAAGAAAUCCACACAAUGAAACAGAUUUUCAAAAGAAGCAACCAGAUGAUGAGUCCACUCCCAGCACAAGCAACAGCCAAUCAGAUUUGUUCUCUGGAGAAACAAAUAGUGACAACAGUAAUACCUCCCUAUCUACGCAGACUGUUAACUCCAACCAGCAACUUUCGACAGAACUGAAUGUAACUUCACCGAGUAAAGAAAAAUGUGGGCCAUGCACAGAUACAGCUCAUGUCUCCUUAACCACAGCAACCAAAAGAUCCUGCGAUUCAGAUUCACAGUCGGAGAACGAGGCGUCUCCUGAGAAGCGGCCACGAUUACUGGAGGACAGUCAUGACAGGCCUGAAGAAAUUAGCCGUUCGAAACAGAAGAGCAGACGCAGGUGUUUCCAGUGCCAAACAAAACUGGAGCUGGUACAGCAGGAACUGGGAUCAUGUCGCUGUGGUUACGUGUUCUGUAUGUUGCAUCGCCUGCCUGAACAGCACGAUUGCACAUUUGACCACAUGGGACGUGGGCGUGAAGAAGCCAUUAUGAAAAUGGUGAAACUGGACCGGAAAGUGGGGCGGUCAUGCCAGCGCAUUGGCGAGGGCUGCUCCUGAGUUGCAAGACUCUCUACAACCAAAUGCCGUUCUCUUAGUUCACUAAUGUUAGCCUUAUUUAGGACAAAGUCAGCCAGACACCUUGUGCUGGGCAAGUUUCAGACUACAGCCAAUCAAUUUCCUUUCUUUAGCCAACCAUCCUGGUACUGUAGUUUAGGGGUUAAUGGUGAUUGACAUUGAUUUCUGGCUGGUUGUUAAGGUGCCUACUAGCCACCAUAUUAAAAAUGAAAAACAAAAACAAAAACCAUGAAGAAAUAUUUUUGAGCAUGGCUAGUGGAUUUUAACAGAAUUCUAAAGGCUUCUAUUGUUGCAGGAGUCAAGCUCUUAAAAAAAGAAAAAAAAAGCCUUAUGCUGGUAAGCUUCCAGCAGCUGAGUAGAAACUGAUGUAAAAGACUGCAAUGUGCACACCUGUCUGGAAGAAAGUACCCUUAAUAGCCUGGUUUUCUUAUCCUCACUUCUAGCUAACCUUGAAGGGGUGAAACUCUGCUUAGAGCUGGCAGUGUAGCUGCUGAACCUAGAAGACCUAAAUGGUUGCUCAUUCCAUCUUCACGUGUGUCUUCUGAGGUUAGGUAGCGUCACCAGCAUCAGGGAAUCUCUCUGGGUGGGAACAUCUUCCGGGAAGUCAAAAAGAAGGGGACAGAUUCUUACGACAACUUUUUUUAUCAAACACAUUACAGGGAAACUGUUUCUUCACUUAGGUGGAGGAUGGUGAUGAUAUUGCUUUAAAGUUAGCUCCAUUCCUGGAACAAGCAGUAAGCGGUGUGCAUUUUUCUACGCAGCAUCGACAACAUUUCUGAAGCAGUUUGUUUGGAUUCCACAUGCCAACCAUUGUGACUGUUUUCCCAUCGGCCAAAACCUGAUUGGCUCUUGUUUGCCUUUUGCUAAGUGCAGGUAUCUGUUAAUUGAUCAAAUAAGGCUAAUUUCACAGCACAGUAGCCAUGGCCGGAUCCUACAGACUGACUUUCUGUAGUUAGACUUAUAUUGAGGGGGUAAAGGACAUUUUGUAGCAAACAGAAUUCAGUAACAAUAUUGGGGGAACAACCAGGAAAAUCACCCCGUAUUGAAUUGAGUUUGUAUGCCUCACUUCCAGUGGUGUUAAGGAGAUAAUCAAACGGGCUGUUCCAGCCUUGUGACUAUGCAGCUCUCAAUGAAGGCCUCUGCCCAUCACCUGUGGCAAAGCAAAUGAUGAUGAAAUGCAUUGCUUAGAAUUGGGACUCUCCAGAUUUGUUCUUUAAUGCUCCAGUUCUGUAUUGUGGUCUGUCUUAUCUCAUUGAGCCAAACUGCACCAUCCUUAGCGUGCAGUGGUGAGAAAAUGGCAGUGUCUGUUUGCCUCCAGCUACUGGCAAAGAUUCUGUAAGGAAGAAGAAUUAUUUAAUGGUGGUGGCCCUAUGUGGAGUCUUUGCUCCCCAAACCGGUUUUAAAAGCUCCACUAGCAAUUUGGAAUUAGGUGUAUAGUUGGGAAUGGGAGGGAGGGCUGCUGGAGGAAGGGGGAGGUUGUGUUGUCUUAUGCUUUCACAAAAAGGUUAAAUUUAAGGCACCCAAAGAGUGAGUUACCCUGAUGUCACUCUUAAAAAAAAGCUUUGUGGGGUAUAGUAGUUUAGAUGAGGCACCGACUAUUCCAUUUGUGCUGAAGGUAAAUUGCUGGUUUACAGGCUGAAUUGUAUUUGCUCUGGUCCCCACUCAGGCCAGUGAUGGAGACUGGGCCUGCAUUGCAACAGUGCAAAUUGUAAUGAAGUAAAUCUGAGAUAUUCCAACAUUCUAAAGUUCAAUAUGGAGAAGCCAUUCUGUGUUGUACUCAAGGCUUUGAAAUCGGCAAUGGAAUUUCCAGCUGCAUUCUCUGUUUCCUAAGGAAGUAUUCCCUUUCCAUCGGCGUGAGGGGGAAAUCGAGACAAUUUUCUUUGCAUUUGCCAUGAAGAGUUUAAAAAAAAAAACCAUGGACUUCAGCUGCUGCCGCGCUAUGCACUUUCUUCCCUUCUAAAAUCCUAGCAUAGCAUUUGAUGGACAUUCUGAUUGAUACACAAGACUUUUGCAGAUUAAUAACGAAGAUGCUGUUUUUCCCUUGUUAACCCUUUCUUUAGCCCUGUUACAAGUGCACAGUUGGUUUCAAGGUGGCUCUCGAGCAAACACUACUCAAAGUUCAUGUGGAUUAUGGACAAUGUUCACUUUAAAAAAAAAGUGUGGGGGUUGUUCCUUUGCAGUAUCUGUUCUGUGAAGUUUGUUAAACGUAAAGAAAGCUUCAGUUCUUGUAUCUUUAAAGAAAAUCUUAUUUAACCCUUUUUUGUGUUCUAGAUUUACUUACACAUGUAGCCUAGAGCUCAGUUUUAGUUUAACAUUGUGAAAAUAUUAAAAGGAUUGUAAUUCUUUUUCCUCCUGCUUAAAAGAAACAAAACCAUUAAACAGAUCAGAUUAAACUUUGAA